AUGGGUAAAAAACCUUUUAUUGAUCGUAAGAACGCAAAAUACUUUCAAGUAGUUCAUAGAUCACAAAGAGAUCCAUUGAUAAAUGACAAUGAAGCGUCUUCUAGAGUAUUAGUUGAAGUUGUUCCAUCGAAUUUGAGGGGUAAGAGCAAACAAAUUGUCGAACAUAAUGAUUUUGAUGAUUAUCAAAGAAGACAAAAGGAAAUUGAAAGUCGGGUUGGACAAGCAGCAUUAUAUGGAGUAUACUUUGAUGAUACAGAAUAUGAUUAUCUUCAGCAUUUAAAACAAAUUGGUGAAAAUGAAGGUGAAGCAGUAUUUGUUGAUGCUUCAAAGAAAGAAAAGAAGACAGUCGGAAACUUUGAAUUAAAAAAGAGUUUAAAAUCAGAUGAUAAUAAAGAUGUUCUGGUUUCUUCCAAGAAAGAUCGAAAAGUUAAAAUAUCAUUGCCAGAAGAAGUUCUGCCAUCAAAAGAAGAAUUACCAGUGGGAUUUUUAAAUCAAUCAGCAAUUCCCGAAGAUAUACAGGGGUUUCAGCCUGAUAUGGAUCCAAAACUUCGGGAAACGUUGGAAGCACUUGAAGAUGGUGCAUAUAUAAAUGAUGAUUUAGAUGAUGAUUUCUUUGCAGCUUUAAAUGCUGAAGAUAUCGAAUUCUAUGAAGAGGAAGAAGAAGAUUCUGAACAUGAUGAAAAAGAAGCUGAAAAUUGGGAACUAGAAUAUAAAAAAUUCAGGAAAAAUAAAAAUCGUGAAAAAGAAAGUGAUGAUGAUGAUGAUGAUGAUGAUGAUAAGAGAUCAAGAACAACUGGUGGUUAUUCAAUGACAAGUUCUAUUAUGUUUAGAAAUGAUAAACUUCGUUUAUUGGAUGAGCAAUUUGAAAAGAUUUCAAAAGAAUAUAUAGAUGAUGAUGAUGAAUCUGAUGACGAAUCAACAUCUUCGCAGAUACGUCAAGAUUUUUCACAAAUUCUUGAUGAAUUUCUUGACAAGUAUGAAAUUAACGGUCGUAAAGUUGUACAAAAAUUGGAAGGCGAUAAUGCACAAGACCAGUUAGAAACCAUAAGACAAGGUUUAGGAAAAGUAAUCGUUAAUGAUGAUAAUUCAAGUCAAAAUGAAACAAUUAAAGAAGAGAAAAGGGGAGAUAUUUUUGUCCAUGUUGACAGUGAGGAAAAAGAUGAAGGUCAAAAUUGGGAUUGUCAAUCUAUAUUGAGCACGUAUUCAAAUCUUGAAAAUCAUCCUACUUUAAUAAGAGAGAAGUCUCGCAAAAAGAGUCAGAAGAUUAAUAUAAAUCAAAAGACUGGUUUGCCUAUAGUUAAAUUGUCUACUGAGAACAAAACAGAUGAGGAAGAGGAGGAGGAAAGGGACAAAGGAAUUGAGAAACAAGAAAAAGAAGAAAAUGAAAAAGUAAACUUCGGCAAAGCAAGAUCAAAAAAUGAACCAAAAGAAGAAAAGAAAUUACGUAAACAGAAUAUCAAGUCUGAAAGAAAGAAACGUCGAACUGAGAAAAAGUCACUUAAACAAGCUUUUGCUAAAGAGCACACGAAGCAAAACAAAAUUUCGCACAAUAUAUCAAAAAAUCAUCUUGAUGCCAUUCAUUUAGAUUAA